AUGACCUGCCGCUCCCUCACCCGGUGCCCCAUAAUCUUCGACGGCCGCGUCCCCUCCACCGCCGUCCCGACCGACUUCGACGCCCCAAACGGCGGCGGCUGGAACCCCUUCAACCCGUCCUACGUCAAGGGCAACACCCUCCUCUGGUCCGACAUCGUCCUCCUCCCGUCGGUCCCCGCCUCCCGCUUCGACGCCGCCGCCGGCUCGCGCGCGGUGGAGGUGACCAUCUCUGACGAGAGCAUCUUCAUGAGCCAGCGCGGGUUCCGCCGCGCGGGGCUGCAAUUCGCCGCGGACGCGAACACGGGCAGCCCCGGCGGCGAGGGGGCAAAGACGCUGCACUUCAGCGUGCGGCAGGACACGGAGAGGCCUUUGAACCUGACGCAUGAGUACCUGCCGAUGCUUGAUGAUGGUGCUUGGGAGUACAGUGUGCUAACGGGGACGUGGGGGAGACAGAACGUCUGGCACGAGACGGCGGCGUACGACGCCAACCAGUUCAACUUCCAGACCGGCACCAUCAUCGGGCAGCCGGGCUUGCCGGAAGACACCUUCAAGCUCCUCGACAGGGAGAACCGGCUGGUGUGGUUCACUCCGAUGGCCACGGACGGUUCGUGGCAGAAUUUCGCCCUGACGCUGGACUUUGAUCAAAACACGAUCCAAGUCUGGUACUCCGCCAACGACGAGCCGCUGCAGAAAUCAGGGGACAUCAUCUCAGCUGACCUCGCCGGUCAGGGCCAGUACCAGAUCGGCAUGCUCAAGAAGCCCACGGGGACCGACGACGUGGUGAACUCGGGGUACCAGGAGAGCGGCCUGGACGAGGGCCAGAUCUACGGCGGCAUCUUCAUCGAAGACAGCGCAGACGGAUGCGUGUCUGUAUGA